AUGCUGGCCGCGGCGGCGUCGGCGCUCCACUCCACCUCAAUGUGCCUCCCUUCCCCAAAACCACCCCCAGCCCUCGACCAAAGCACCACCAGCACCACCACCACCGGCGGCGGCAGCCGCAUCUUCCUAACGACGCCGUCGAAGCCCAAAACCCUCCUCCAGGACCACCCCCUCUACCAGACCGCCCACCCCAACCUCUCCUUCCAGUUCAAGGAGAAGAUCCUCUGCCUCGAGAUCCUCGGCGUUGAUUCGGGCCGGGUCCUGUCCCGGAACCCCUCCCUCCGCUCCGCUUCUCUCGACUCCCUCCACGCAGUCAUCGACUUCCUCCAAUCAAAGGGCCUCCACCUCAAGGACCUCGGCCGGAUCUUCGGCAUGUGCCCCACCGCCCUCACCGCCGACGUCGGCUCAGAUCUGAGUCCGGUCUUCGAUUUCCUCGCCCGCGACCUCGGCGUCCCCGAUCGGAACUUCCGGCGGUCGGUCAACAAGUGCCCGAGGCUUCUGGUCUCCAGCGUCCGCGACCAAUUGCGGCCGGCCCUGUUCUACCUCCGCCGGCUGGGGUUCAGGGACGCCCACGCGCUGGCCUACCAGGACCCGAUCCUCCUCGUCUCGAGCGUGGAGAACACGCUCAUCCCCAAGCUGGACUACCUCGUGGGCCUGGGCCUUACCAGAAAGGAUGCGGUGGAGAUGGUGCUGAGGUGUCCUGGGCUUUUCACGUUCAGCAUCGAGAACAAUUUCAGGCCCAAGAUGGAGUAUUUCAGGGAGGUGAUGGGCGGCGAAUUGCAGGAACUGCAGGAAUUCCCACAGUACUUCACUUUCAGUUUGGAGAAUAGAAUAAAGCCGAGGCACAAAGAGGUCGUAGAGAGUGGGGCACGGGUCCCGUUGCCGGCGAUGCUAAAGAGCACCGAUGAGGAGUUCAGGGAGCUCUUGAAAAGGGCCAAUUCCAUAUAG